AUGUCUCUGGGGUUCACGGAUGAGGAGUUUCAGAGGUCCUGGAAGGAGCUGGACGAGCCGCAGCUGCUCGGAGGCUGGGAGCUCUUCACCGAGGCCUCGGGGCUCCAGAUCCACCGGCUCCAUGACAAGGAAACUGGACUGUACGAGUACAAAGUGUCCGGCGUUCUGUCCGCCUGCAGCCCCGGUCAGUGUGCAGACGUCUACAUGGACCUGACGUACCGCAGACGCUGGGACGGAUACGUGAAAGAGCUCAAAGAGAUGGACUUUGAUGGACAAACCGUGAUCUACUGGGAAGUGAAAUACCCAUUCCCCAUGUCCAACAGAGACUAUGUGUACAUGAGGGAAAGGAGAGACCUGGACGUGGAUGGGAGGAAGAUCUGGGUGAUCCUGGCCAGGAGCUGCCCAGAGGUGCCAUGUGAGGAGAAGAAGGGCGUGCUGCGGGUCAGGGACUACAAGCAGAGCGUUGCCCUGGAGAGCGACGGCGCCGAGGGAACUAAAGUGUUCAUGAACUACUUUGACAACCCUGGAGGUCUGAUUCCCACCUGGCUGGUGAACUGGGCCGCUAAGUCUGGGGUCCCGGGUUUCCUGAAAGACCUGCAGAAGGCCUGCAGCGAGUACUCCAACUACUGCCAGAAGAAGUGA